CUUUCCAAGAUACAGCCGCUUACCAUCCUUAUUGCGACACCCGGUAUAGUGCAUUUUUCCAACAUGCACACUUAUAGAAACCCUAGAUUACAUAACUUUAUCUGAUAAAUUCCCCAUUUGUAUCAGUUUAUAUAGUACCUUGAGCGCGAUUGCCACAUGUACACACUUUCUGCUAUAGCUGUGUUGAAGUUAACGGUUUUGGCGGAUUCUAACCUGCCGGUUUGUUUAGUACUUAGCUUAAUUUUUUAUUUGAAAUUGUUUGAAUUUCUCCAACUAGAUUUUGUCACAAGUAGUUGAAGCUCCACCAUAAGAUAGUGUUCUACCUAUAUUUGAAAGCGUCAAUCGUUAAAACCUUGUUGUUAGUUUUCCCUGUUUUGACUGGCAUGACUAAGGAUCAAAACUUAUCAAAAAAUCCGAGUUGCCGUGUUCCCGCUGAACUCUAAGAGCUUUUACUGCCUAAACGUUGCAAUUUCCAGAACGAUGACUAGGUUUUAACAUUAAAUCAAUCCUUUCCUGACUGUUUAAAGCCACCGUUUGACAAUCAGUAAAGUGCCUGUUGUGCUAAAUGCAUUCUAGUCUUGGUUUCCUGAUCAAUUGACUAGAAAACGCUUUGUUAAUUGGUAUUUUUGUGUUUGUUGUUAAUUGUUUUUAAUUUUCUAAUCAGCUUUACAUUAUACUUUAACGAUUAUUCUGUGUAUCUUCGAGACAGUGGUUUUAAGGUGAGAACAAUAGCACUUAAUCCGUUUUAGCAAAUUAAUGAUGGCAGACCAAUCCAUAAAUGAGAUUCUAGUUCAAAUUGAGGCCGGCAAAUUUUCCCUAGCAGUUAAGGCUCUAAAAGACAAAAAAUUAGACAAGCGAAUCGGCCUGAGGUUUUUCCACGGGGCCUCCAAAGCAUGUCGCAUUUCAGAAGCAGAAUGUGAUCUUGAUGGAAUUGAGAAACUUUGCAAGUUACUGGUAUCUUACUUGGAUUCGCUCGAAGGAGCCGACGUGACCAAUUAUUUGCGCUCACUUUACUUUAUCAUAAGGCUGAUAUGCAAUAGGGAGAGAUUCGCAGAUAUUCCUAGAAUGAAGACCAUUUUGCUGCCCACCUUUUUAAGCCAAGGGGCUUGUAAGAGCGGCUCGGAGAGUGCAGAAGUGUAUACUUCCAUCACUAACUUGAUAUAUAACUUUGUUUCUCGACAAGGACGAGCCAAACCCACAGUCUUGGACAGCUGCAGACUGGAAACGCUUGAAAUUCUGCUGCAAAUCCGCAAAACUUUCAACAGUCUGAACGAGCUAAUGGACUUUGCGUCUGUAUGCUAUAAAGUAUUGCUGGUCUAUAAACCGAGGAACGAUCAAGUGCUGGCAUUCUAUAAUAUCCUGCUGCAAGUGGUUUCUUCAAAAUUUCACAACAUUCCGGAAUAUUUGAGCUCCAUUCAAGUCAGCUUGGGUCCCAUUACUUCUUCAAUACUAUCAGAUGCAGUUCUAAAUGAACAAUUUUCGUUUGCUGAGCAGUUUUUAGACAAUGUGGAGUCUGCACUUGGCCAGUCACAGGAAGGCUUUCAGAUAUUCAAAGCUAUUACUUCAUUGUUCCCACAUCCGGAUGGGGAGAUGGAGAAGCGCGUGAAUAAAGCCAGAAAAAUUAUUCAUGAUUUCAAGUCCAGCGACAAGAAGCUCUUCUACAACCUGGUAUAUUUACUGGAAGCACCCAUUCAAAAUAUUCUAUUGUUCUACAAAAAAACAGGUCUGCAUAAUUGGUCAGAAAUUAGGUUGUUGGACGUAUCACAGUUCAUUAUCGACGACAUUCUUUCCUACUCAAUGAUCUAUCCAAAUGGAUGUAACUGUGGAUGUUCAGUAAAGAAAAACUACCUCGGCAUGCUGGAGAUCAGUUAUACGCUGACAUUCUUGUGGGACGAUUACAUAAUGAAAAUCGGAAAUGCUGGCAAUGACUUUGUUUUGUACCUGGCCAAAAUAUUCAAUAUGUUAUAUUCAGUCAUGAAAAAGCUGAAAGAGGCUGAAUGCCAAAAAUGGAAGUACUUUUACAGUUGCUUAUCGCUCAACAAUUGGAAUAUCAUAGUGAGACUGUUCAACUUGAAUAUUGACUAUGUGAGAAGGAUGUUGUUAAACUUUUUAAUUUCCGCCUUUGAUUUUGAUGGCAUUCAGCCUCAGUUCCGGAAAUUAUCUAUUUAUACCAAGGCAUUUACAAUUUUUUGCGAGAUGGAAGUUCGACAAAAAAACUGGCUGAACGCUAUGGGAUUAUGCGCCCUUCACUGUCUUCUUUAUCCCGAGGCGAGCAACGUUAUAUUUAACAACUUCUGGAUUAUGCUCAAGGUGGAGAAUAAGGCAGAUCUAGAGAUCCUGAAUCAAACGUUAAUUAGUAUUUUACACAGUCAAAAGAAGAAACUUGGCCAUAUUCUGGACUUUGAGAGUCUUCUCACUAAGUCCAAGGAAAUCGAAGUGCUUGAGUACGAGUUGGUUCGAUAUCGGAAGCGCUGGACGAAUAAAAUUUCCAUGUUGGCUACACUUUCCCAUAUUAUUGAAAUUGCCGAUAUUCCAAAACUUGCCGAGAUUUUUGUUAAUGUAUAUGGGGAUGGACAAGUGCAAGUACACCUAGACUACCUUCCCGCAUUGACUAGACUAAAAGCAAUGUUCGAAACUUCUUUGAAUGUAGAUCCAUCGAGUUCCACUCUUAAACUAGCGUUGGCUGGUGUACAUUUUUAUUUAUUUAAACUGUGCUGCAAGAAGAGUGUGGAAAAAAAUCGAACAGAAAUGGAAAAGUCUAUGAAAGUACAAGAAUCCGCCAAAAAACGCCAGCAAGUUGAGGUGGUUCCCAAAGAUGCGGAUGAUGAAUGUGAUAUAGUGUCAGCGUACUCCAAUCUGCGGCUUACCAAAUUUAUGGAAGUUAUGCAAUCGCUCAACACUUCCCUGCUUAUAAUUGAACAACUAAUUCCGACGGAAUUGAAGCCUAAAGAAAUUGCCACCGUUGCACAUUUGUUGACUCUGAUUGGCUUUGAUUACAGACUGCAUGGCGAUUCGGUGAAAAGCCUGAACGCCUUUCAUUUGUUGCUGAAAUACAGCGCCAACAUUGAAAACUUUGAGCUUUGUUUGCUUGGAAUAAGUUUUCUCAUUGAAUCCGCGGAUGUAACUGAGGAUUACGUAAAAGAAUUAAUCCGCAAAGGAGAUGAAUUGGCCAAGGGCAAAGCAAAUGGAGGAUGUUCUAAAACGCUGGCCACUUAUCAUCUGUGCAAAUCCAAAGCAUAUCUAUUCGACAACCCCAACUUUUCCUAUGAAGCCUGGAAAGUGGCCGACAACAUUUGUUCGGCCCAUGAGAAGGAAGUUGGUUUUCCAAUAUUACGGGCUCAAUUGCAUGUGCUUUUACACAAACUCACUAGAAGUUGCAAUUUUAUUGAAGGCCACCACUAUGAGGCCCCAAUGGCGUACCAUCUGCACUGUGCCCACGAUAUCAUCGUAAACUAUCUUAAAGGGAAAGCCUUUGAUUCAUAUGAACAAGGCGUGCUGUUGGACACAAUUUAUGAACUGGCCAAUAUAUACAGCUUGAUGCGACUGCCUCGUGAUAGUCGCUCCUAUGCGAAACCUGCUGUUCUAUUGGCUCAGAAAACGGUCUUGCCACUUAAAUGUAUAUCUUUUCUGCUUCUGUUGGCGCAUUGCGAUCUUGCCACUGGAAAUAUGGACCACUACAACGUGAAAUUGAUUGGUGUUGACGACAUUCUUAGCCUGAGCCAGUUCAAGUCCUCCACACUAAUAACUAAAGAAUGUACUGGGGGAGGCAAAGAAGAAAAAGUUCCGGAUGAUGUUGAUGAAUGCGAUUAUUUAAUGGAGAAUUUGGCGCUGGACUUCCCCCGGUUUACUAAACAGUGCUGGCCAUCUUCUCCCGCAUUACGAGUAGAUUCUUUUGAGAUUCCCAAGUUUGUUUCUCAUGCGAAGGGGUGCUUGUGUUUCAUGUGCCAGUCCUUUGUGUGCCAAGAUUUAUUAUUAAAGCGGUUUCAUUUGAUCUUGGUGGCCAACAUGUACGAGCAAGAGGAUCAACUAGUGGAAGAAUAUGCAGUCGGAUUCUUAAAUCUGUAUAAGAAACUGGCGCGGAAAUUUUCCGGUUUCAAAACUGAUGUCUCGAAGCUAUUCCAUGCGUCACUUAUUCCCAAAUUUAAGGACAUUUUCAGUGAAUGUUAUUUUAAUGUUCUAUACAUCUACAACGUGCAUAUGUGUAGCAACACAUCAACAAAAUCGGAAGCCCUCGAAAUGAACAACCAGCUAAUCCAGAUGCUGGAGCCCAAGAAAACCCAGUACGUUCAUCUGUAUCAUGAUGCUCAUUUAUUAACGCUCAACUGCCGUCCAUCUGUUGAAGACGAAGCUUCAAAACCUGUUAGACCCGAAGCAGCAAGAUCAGAAGCUAGCAGUGUCCCCAUACUGUUAACGCCUCCUAAUAAAAUAGCUCCUAUUUCGUUGAUGGUAAAUGGAAUAGAGCAAAUCUCGCCUCCAAAGCAAAAGCGAACCAAAUGCAAUCUCUUCAACACAAAAACUCAGUCUACACCAAGUAAUGCCAUUGCCACUCGCAUCCUCCCAUCGCGAAAGAUAAAAAAAUCAGCUGCAGUUAAGCCGUUAAUUGCCCCUAAAACUAUUGAUAUAUUUACGGAUGAUAGUCCGGAUGCGCCAUCGUCUACUACUAGCAGGAAAAGAGUCGCGAAGAAGCCAGUGAUUGAUGUGAUGAAACCUGAUCCCACAAAAAAGUCGCUUGGAAGUAGUCAGUCUCCAGAGCCGGCCCAAAGUAGCGCUACGGGCAUUCGAACCAGAAAUCAGGCGAAAAAACAACUGAAAAGUGCAGAAACUGCAACUGGAUUGACUACAACCCGUAGUACAAAAUCUACAGAAGAUAGGCCGAAGGAUAAAGUGGUAGCUUCUAGGAAAACAGCCGAAAGCAUACCGGUCGAGGAUAACGCGGAUGAUUCUUCGGUGAUACCCGCUUCCCCGGAACAUGAUGAGUAUGCGAAAAAAAAAGAGCGGCUGAAGCAGAAACUUCAAUAUUCAGCUCAAAAAUCGAGCACCAGCAGCACUAGAAAGUGAUGCAAGUGAAUAGAUAGUAAAUGUUAAAUAGUCGUGUGCGUAUAUUUUUUCAUUACAAAAUGUUUACAUUUUUGCGUCUUAAAAUCAUUGAACCAGCGCUGGUUAUUUAAACACUUCGCUGUAAGCUGCGUUAUAUAAAUGUAAUAUUUAUUAUAAUAAUGUAAAUGUUAUGUAAAAUAAAUGUUUUCUACUUUUAGCA